AUGCGGUUGAAGCGUGAAGAAGCAAAACAGCUAAAAUUGGGUCUUACAGAAAAGAAAAAGGAAGAAAAGCCUUUAAGUAAAGAAGAGGAAAAGAAGAAAAAGGAAAUGGAAGAGAUACGUCGAAAGGACUUGGAAGAAGCUGAAAAGAAGAAGAAAGAGGCUGAGAAAAAGAAAACGCCACAAAGAGAAGUUGGUCCUGAUGAAGUCGAAAAAGAAAAGAAGGAAAAAAGGCCCUCAAAGGAUGAAGAAAAAGAAAUGGAAAAAUUCCAUCAAGAAAGGGAAUCCAGAUUGAAAAAGAGGAAGGAGGAAGAAGAAAAUGCUAGGAAAGAACAAGAAGAAUUAGUUAGAAAAAUGGAAGCAGCUAAGACUAAAGCUUUAGCUGAAGAAGCUGCUAAGAAGGAAGAACAGGAGAAGCGGAAAAAACAGAUGGAAGAGGAGGAGAAGGUGAAAAAGCAAAAGGAGGAAGAGGUAGCUGAAGAAAAAUCGGCAAAAGAAAAAGCUGAAGAAGCAGCACUAAAAAUGCAAUAUGAAGCAGAUGAUGUUGACAAAAUGACAAUGAAACGUAAAACUAUGAAGAAACAAACAUUUGAUAAAGAUGAACUGCCUGAUGAUCAGAAGGCGCGUGAAUCUUUGACUUCUGAUGACCAAUUUGUUAUGGCUGGUGCUUUAAAAGUAGAAACAAGAAAAGCUAUUGGAGAGGAAGAAGAGGAAUGGGAAUUUGUUGAAGAAGAGGAUGAAAAGCCGAGGGAAUUGACUCCACGCAAGUAUGAAGAGUCAAAAGUAGAGUUUGACGAUGUUGAAGAGUUUUUGAAUAAACGUCGUAUGCAAAGAUUACAACUUGAUGAAGUGCAAGCAUUUGAGGAGCUUCCUAGAGCUACUCGACAUCGUACAAUGAGGAAAGGCUUUGUUUCCUUGCCUGAUUCUCAACUAUAUGCUUCACGAGGGGAUACAGUAGUAUUUGAAUGUGAAUUAUUUAAUGAAAGUGAUACCGUUGAGUGGCAAAUUAAUGGGAAAUCAUUAAACGAAUUUAACGAUGGAAGAUGUUCUAUUCAAAAUUAUGCUUAUAUUAGACAAUUAACAAUUGAAAAUGUCGUUCCAAAAGAUAGUGGAUUAAAAGUUUCAAUUACUUUGGAAGGGCAGACCCAUCAAAGCAAAUUGACAGUUGAAGAGGUUCCUGUCGAAUUUGCAGAGAAAUUACCAAGAAAAGUUAUUGCAAAUGUUGGGGAUACAACAGCUACAAUUGUUGCUAUUUUAACACACGAUUGUGCUAAAAACAUUAGUUGGUAUCACAAUGGACAGCCAUUAUUUACAGAUAAUACUUAUCAAAUUAUAAAUGAGGGAUGCAUAUGUAGUCUACUGGUAAGAGAAAUAGAUUACAAACUUGGUGGCCGAUACACAAUUAGUGCUGACAAAGUUGAGUCUUCUACAAUUUUAGAAGUACACGGUAAACCCUCAAUGGAAUUUACCGAUAUUGGAUUACAACGUAUUGUAAUUGAUGCAAACGAGAAUUUAACACUUAAAGUCCGUCUAAAAUCUUUACCAGAACCUGAAGUCGAUUUGUAUUUAAAUAAUGAAUUGUUAACACCAGAAUUGAGGACUUCUGUUACGAUUUUAGAAGAAAGUGUGCUAGUAACUAGAAGAGAAUUAAGCCGACAUGAUAGAGGAAUUUAUAAACUUGUUUUGUUUAACGAAUAUGGGGAGGAUUCGUUAGAGUAUGAUGUUUAUGUUAGAGAUGUACCUGAUGCACCUUCUGGGCUGAUGGUGACUGAAGUUGGGCAUGAUUAUUGCUUCUUAAAAUGGAAUCCACCUCUAGCAACCGGUGUUAGUGACGAACGCGAACGAAUAACUGGUUAUGUUAUAGAGAAGAAGGGAACUAAUAGAAGAGUUUGGCAGCGUGUUGGACAGCUUUCUGCAUAUUCACUAGAAAUAUUUAUUGAAGAUCUAGAUUAUGACACGGAUUAUGUAUUCCGUGUUGCUGCAACUAACCGAUUUGGAGUUGGAGAAUUCUCCAAAUUGGCCCAGAUAACUACUGGAACACCCUUCUCCGCCCCCGUUAUGCACUCAGCUCCCCGCAUUUCACAUACUUAUGAACGAAGUGUACGACUUGAAUGGGAUGAAUGUUGGGAUACUGGAGGUAGCCCUUUGUUUGGUUAUGAUGUUUUCUGCAAAAUUGGAGCUGAUUGGCAAAAAAUGAAUGAAUCUACAGUUUUUACUGAAAAUUUCUGGGUUGAUGAAUUUUUGGAUGCAAGCAAGAAUGGAUGUGUUUUUAAAGUAGAAGCACAAAAUUAUGCUGGAUUACAUUCUGAUUCAAAUAUUAUAUCUGAACCUCUUCAAGUAGAUGAACAAUCUAUAGCUAGUCAUGCAGCUCAACAUCAACAAAUGUCAGCCCCCAAAGUUACUAUACUUGGAGGCACAAGAGUUCGCGUCUCCUGGGAAAUGCCGGAAUGGCUUGGAAGUAUUGCUGGGCCGAAAUAUUUUGUUGUUCAAUACCGAUCUGAGGGAACAUAUCUCUGGAAUGAAGUUCUCGAGCAGUACAAGCAGUCACCUGCAAUUGUUGAAGAUGAACUAAAGGAGGGAGUGCCCUAUAAAGUUCGCGUUGUUUUACGCUCUACAGGAGAAACAGAAAAAGAAGAUAUCUCAGCUUCAGACGAAAGUGACAUAAUUAAAAUUUCUGGUUUCAAUGUUCCGAUAUUAACCAAAACUUUACGUGAUGCCCUUAUACCCAAAAAAGAGGAAGUUUGUUUAGAAAUUUGUGCUGUUAGUGAACCUGCGCCUCUCUUUGUAUGGUUAAAGAAUGGUGAAGAGAUUGUACCCUCUCCAGAAUAUGACAAUGUUUCUAUAAGUAAUGAAGGUUAUGCAAGCAAAUUGGUUAUACACAGAAUGGGUGAAAAUGAUGAAGGAUAUUAUACAUGCCAAAUUAGUAAUGAAUAUGGAAUGAUUGAAACAAAAGCAUUUAUUCGAAUGGGAAAAGUUCAAGCUCACUUCAUCAACUCCUUCGCAGAAAAGAUAACAGCUACGGAAGGGAAAGAUGUUGUUCUAGAAUGUGAGGUUUCUGACCCCGAAGCUUCUGUUAGUUGGACUAGGAAUAAGCGCCAUAUUGGUGAAACAACAAAUAGAAUUUCAUUGGAACAACAAGGCUAUAAGAGACGUUUAAUUCUUUAUGGGGCAAUGAAAGAAGAUUCAGGCAUAUACACAUGUGAAAUUGAAACAGCUACAGGCUCCGAUAAAAAAGUUCAAACAGAAAUUGUUGUUAGACCCGAAAAAGCUCGUAUUGUGUUUUCCCCUCAAGGAAGGAUAAUUUGCCAUUAUGGGGAGAAAAUCCAACUUUAUGCCGAUCUUUCUAAGAGUGCAGAGGAUGUUGUUUGGUAUAAAGAUGGAUUGCCUCUACAAUGUAAAAAGUGUUUUGCAUACUUUGAGGGUACUAAAGCGCUGCUUGAAAUUUACAAUUUUGAUGAAUCUGAUAUUGGAGAGUACAGUAUAUCAUUGGAAGGGGGCGAAAAGAGUGCUCCAGCUAAAUUGAGAUUUGAAGUUUCGCCAAAAAUUGAGUUGCGCCGUUAUCACCAUGAAGAAAGAAUAGUUAAAAUUGGAGGAGAUGAGUUUACUGUAACAGCAAAUCUUCUGGGUUGGCCAACUCCAAAACUCUCAAUUCUUCUCAAUGAUAACCCUAUAAAUGAUGCAAAACAAGUAGUGGUAAAUGCUGGUGUAGGUUGUGGUGAAGUUCAUACAAUAAACAUAAGGAGCUUGAAAAGAUCGCAUAGUGGAAGGAUAUGGCUUCGUGCUUCAAACGAAUUUGGAGAAGAUUCCUCUUACAUCGACUUGAAAGUUUUGGACGUUCCUUCUGCUCCCAUCAACCUACGAGUCCGUAACAUAACUUCCUCUUCUGUUGAUCUCUAUUGGAAUAUUGCUGAAUCUGAUUCGUCUUAUAAAGGCGAAGAAUUUAUUGAAAGCUUUAUUGUCGAAAGAAAAACUGGGGAGAGGCAACGAUGGAGACAAUUACAACGAAAAACUGCUGAGAGAAUAAAAACGGAUACUGGAGAAUAUGUUUAUACAAUUCAAGGGCUUUAUCCCGGUGAAAGUUAUGCUUUCAGAGUUUUGGCUUUUAAUGAAAUUGGGGAAUCAGAGCCAAGUAAAGCUAUUGAUGUUGAUUUACCACACGAGCAAUCUGAUGAUGAGGAAGAAGAAAGGAAGAUUGAAGGUAUUAGAAGACGUUUAUCUUCCACUGAGAUUUUACAAAGGAAGAUUUCUGAAACUCUUCCGCCGUUGGAGAGACCAAGCAAACCAACUGUGAGCACAGACGGUCUUCAAACAAAAGCUAUUCUCAGUUGGGAACAAGUUGAUAGAGCAAUGCUCUACGGCAUUGAAAGGAGACGUUUAUCUGCUAGUAAUGAUACCGAUUUCUGGUUAGAAGUUGCCAAUAUUGAAAGAACAACAUUUAUUGACCGUUCAAUUUAUGAAACUGGACGUUAUGUUUAUAGAAUUGUGGCUAAAUUACCGGGAGUUAUGAAUAGUGAAGCUGGGACACAAAGCGAAGAAGUGUUUAUUACUGUGCAAAAUGUGCUUGAUGAAGGGGGCAGCAAGUCUGGUUUAGAAAGAAGAAUGGAACAACAUCGGUAUCCAGAAGAUUCGGAUGCUUCUACCUCAUCUUCUGUUCAGAGUUUACUUGAUUCUGGAAUCCAAAUCGAUGAUGGUUUCCAUUCUCCAAUGAAAAGUUUGAGAAAAAAGGUGUCAAUAUCUAAAGAAGGUGGAAGCAGUGGCCGACGUGUUAGUUUUGCAGAAGAUAAAAAAUCUAGAGAGGAAAAACGGAAAGAAGACAAAUUAAAAUUUAAAGAGGAAAUGGAAGAACAAAGGCCUUCAUCAUCAUCUAGCUAUGAAUUUAGAGGAGAAUUUGAUAAAUUGGAAGGGGAAAUAGAGUUGAAAGAGGAGGAGAAAGAAGAGGGUAAAAAUCUAAGUAAUGAGGAGAAUGAAGAAAAAAUUGAAGAAAAAGUGGAAGAAACUAACAAAAGUGAAGUAAAGCCUAUAAGAACCAAAAUUCUAAAGAAGAAGACAAAAACCGAAAAAGAAGUUGAUACAAAUAAAAUUGAGGAAAAUAUUGAAGAUAAAUCUUCUGUAUCAUUAGAAAAGGAAAAAAUAAAGGAGGAAAAGGAGGACGUAAAAUCAGUGAAGAAAGAAGAUGAAAUUAAAGUAGAAAAAAGUAAAAAACAAGACGAAGAAAAAGUAGAAAUUAAAAAGGAUUCUUCUGUCGGAUUCGAGGUCCCACUUAAUGAUAUUGAGGCAGUCGAAGGGCAACUUCGCGUUGAAAUGGUGGCAAAGUUGGAGAAAAGCACACGUGAUACAUUAAUGCGUGCAAAAUGGUUUAAAGAUGGAAAACUUUUAAAUGCUCGAACAUUGAAGCACAAGGCACUAUUAGAUAAUAAAGGAGAAGCAAAACUUGUUAUCAAUAAAAUUGAAAAGGCAGAUGAAGGCCUUUACAAACUCGAACUUGAACUUAGUAGCCGAGAACAGUCAAAACCUUCAACCCAGGCAUAUUUGUCUGUUAGAGGAAAAGGUGAAUUGCCUAAAGCUGGCAUUGAAACGAAAACAACCGAUACUGGACGCAAACCCGUAGGAAAAGUAGCGCCACAAAAAACACAAAAAACACCACCAAAAUUUGUUAAGAAACCAAAACCUAAUGCUGAAUCCAUCAAAGGCUCACGUAUCUGCCUAAGUGGAUCAUUCUCAGGCUUUCCUCUUCCCAAACUUAAAUGGCUUCGAAACGGGAAGGAAUUUUUAGCGGAUGAGUUUAUUCUAUUAAAUAUCAAUUACAACGAGGAUUUGGAAUUAAAUGAGUUUAUGUUAGAAAUUUUGAAAUUUACACCGCCUGAACAUGAAGGGACAUAUACUGCCCUAAUUCAAAAUGAACAUGGCAGCGAUUCUGUCUCAAUUUUAGUUUCCGAACUUUCUUUAGAAGAUAAAAUGAAGAAUUUUGGUGUAUCAGAAAAGAAGCUUCCAGAAGAUGAAAACUCUUGCAUCAACAACAGCAGCAGGGAUGAAAUUCCCGAAACUACAUUAAUAAAGAAUGGAGAGAAAGAAUGUUUAGUUAAUACAAAAUUAGUUAAAAAUAAUAGUAAAGUAGAAAUAGAUAUUAUAAACAACAAAAACAUAAAUGAUAAUAAAAACAUUUCUGAAGACAACAUAAACAUAAAUAUCCGUAAUAACAAAAACAACACAAACAACAUCGACAACAAAAACAUCAAUAAAAACAAAAACAACAAUAAUUAUAAAAACAUCAGUAACAACGAAAACAACGACGACGACAAAAACGUAAAUGAAAACAACAACAAAAUCGACGGCGACAAAAACAUCAAAGAAAAUAAAAACAACAACAAUUAUAAAAACAUCAGUAACAACAACAUCGACGACGACAAAAACAUCAAUGAAAUCGAAAACAACAACAAGAACAUCAAUGACGACAAAAACAUCAAUGAAAACAAGAACAACAAAAAUUACAAAAACAACAGUAACAACAACAACAUCGACGACGACAAAAACGUAAAUGAAAACAACAACAAAAUCGACGGCGACAAAAACAUCAAAGAAAAUAAAAACAACAACAAUUAUAAAAACAUCAGUAACAACAACAUCGACGACGACAAAAACAUCAAUGAAAUCGAAAACAACAACAAGAACAUCAAUGACGACAAAAACAUCAAUGAAAACAAGAACAACAAAAAUUACAAAAACAACAGUAACAACAACAACAUCGACGACGACAAAAACGUAAAUGAAAACAACAACAACAUCGACGACGACAAAAACAUCAAUAAAAACAACAACAACAUUGACGCCGACAAAAACAUCAUUGAAAACAAUAACGGCAACACAAACAACGGCGACAACAAAAACAUAUAUGAAAACAAAAACAACAACAAAAACAUCAAUGAAAACAAAAACAACAAUAAUUAUAAAAACAUCAGUAACAAUAUCGAUGACGACAAGAACAUAAAUGAAAACAACAACAUCAAUGACGACAAAAACAUCAAUGAAAACAAAAACACCAAAGACGAAAAAGACAUCGACGACGACAAAAACAUCAAUGAAAACAACAACAAAAACAUCAAUGAAAACAAAAACAAUGACAACAAAAACUACAAUGACGAUAUCAACAACACAGAUAACAACAACACAACCAACAACACAAACACAGUAGAUUCAAAUUCAAAGUUUCAAACAAAAAUAAUGCGACGAAAAAAUGCAAAAAUGUCGACAGCAUCAACAAUAUCAUCAACAACACUUGCAAGCAUUAAUAUAGAUGAGGAUGUUCUACAACAACAAAAUCAACUUUCAACAGAAACAACAUCAACAACAAAUGGAAUAAAUACAAACGAUAUCCUUUUACAAAUAGGGGCUGAUGGAGAGCAACAAAAGUUUGAGUUAAAUGAGGAAGAUCUUGAUGAUAAUACAAAUAAAGAACAAAGGCAGAAAAAGACGCUUCAAAUAAUUAAUGCAGCAAUAGAGCAACGAAAUUCAAAAAUAUGUAGGCCACGAUUCUUUGCGCGACCAAAACCUCAUAAACAAGUUGCGGAAGGAAAGAGUUUAAGAUUGAAAGCAGCAAUUAGUGCAAAUCCUUUACCCCAAGUUUAUUGGGAUAGAAAUGGUAUUAGGCUCGAAACAGGAAGCAAAUAUUCUAUUUUUCAGGACGGGCAAGUUCCCCUCACUAUCUUUUUAAAACCCAAAAAUUUUCAGCGAUUUUUUUCUUUUGGAAGUCCAUUCAUUAUCAAUCUUUGA